AUAUAAUAUGCGUCAUCAACCCCUGUUGUAUGUGCAAUAGCUGCCUAUUAGUCACGUCGGCAUACCACGGUACAGUGUAGAGUAGGGACCCUAGAAGUCGUUUAUAAAGUCGAUGCCUUUUUUCUUAGGUUGAUGUAUCUAUCUUCUAUCAGCAUCAAUACCAUCAUCAUCAUCAUCGUACUAUCUUUGGUGUACAAUCUAGCAGCUCUUCAAUAAAUCCUACAAGAUCUCCGAUACAGACAAACUAUUCUCAGCCUUUCCAUUAAGCCCCUAUAAUCAAUACCACAAACCCCUGACGAAAAGAAAACCCCCAUACAUCCAUAUCAAGAUGUGCCAAGAUUGCUGCCGAACCACCUCGGCCGCCGUCUCGAUGUCACUGGCGAUGACAAACCCAGAGCUGAUCUGGCCGCAUCACCAAGACCAAAAGAGACAGGCGGCCCAAUGCCAAUCAUCAUCAAAAGCGCAGACCCAGACGCCACAGUCCGACGUUAAGCCCUCAUCCGCCUCGACCUACUCAGGUUCGACCACAUACUCGAUCGACAAGGAGAAGAGCCAGGGCGACAUCAAGCAGAAGCGAUCCAUGCGCCAGCGAAUCAAAGAAACCCUGAAAGACCUCGGACGACCCCCUGCGGAAAAGCCCGACCAGAAGAACGACCAUAAGAACGGCCAGAAGGACAAAGACUUGACGGCUACAGAGGCAAGGAAAUGAAUUAUAUUCAGUACCUGCCAUGGGGUUAUACGAAGCAUCAUCCAUCCAUUUAUCUUAAUAGGCUGGAUAUCUGAGUUAAAUAUACAUCGGAGUACAUGUCCUAUGAGGAUCUUGGUAAUGAUAAUUAUAUUCAACUUGCAUAUAAAUGAUACCUACCUACCUACCUAGGUACAUAGGUAACUAAGGUACCUAAGGUACCUAACACAAUAUAAAAGACUCCAAAAUUGAAGUUUUAG